CAGACUCUGCAACUCGGAUUGCGCAGGUGCGUCUUCGGUGUCAGGUGUUUCCUCCCAUCGCGCGUCGUCGUCUCGGUGUCCAUCCGCGUCCUCGCUCGCGCUUUCGACCUCGUCAUGAGGGCCUUUGUCCGCGCCCGCGCCGUCGUCAACUACUCCGCGUGUGACAUUCGGGUCGUCCGCACGCGUUUCAAUGCUAUCUAGCGGCUGCAAAGGCUCGGUCUGGGCCGCGUCUUGCCCUUGCUGCCAUUCGUCGAGCGUCACAGCGGUCACCGGCAGGGCCCCGCUGACGGCUGGCGAUGCGGUGUCCGCACUGGGUAUAUCUAGUGCUGCGCUCGGGCCAGCGUCCACGCCUCGCAUUUCAACGUCGGGUUCCUGCACGGCUGUCGGUCUGAAUCCGCGUCCAAUGCUGUAGCUAGAGAGAGGAUGUGAUCAGCAACGAAUGAACGAGUAUGCUGUGUGGUCCAUCGCUUACGUGAUUUGCGUU